UCCGUUUAACGUCUAGGCGCACAUCAUGAUCAGCAUCAACAUCAUCAUCAUGAUCAUCAACAGCAGUCAGCAGCAACAUGAUCAUAAACACCAUAAACAUAACAACACGCAGGUAGUCGUCACAAGUUGAAGACAACAAAACAAAACAAAAAAACACACAUUAAAAGAAAUAUGUUGUUUUCUAAAGAAGAGGCACAAAGAAACCAGUAAAACUCUCUAAACACAUGUAUAUUUAAAUACUACAUACAGACAAGUAUUUAGUUAUACAUAUAUACAUACAUACAUAUAAAUAACUCCAUACCGAUCCCAGAUCAUUUGAGAUAUUUGAUGAUUUGUUUAGCUGUAGGGUAUAAGAUGUGUGUAUUGUUUAUGGGAUAUUAGGGCAGAACACUACACUGACAGCCAGCCAGUCAUCCAGCCAACAGAUUUUUCUUUUUUUUUUGAAAUGCCUUUUCAUGUUUUUUUGUGGCUGAUGAUGUUGUUGUAGCAUGAAUCAAUGUUCUUCUCCACCUCCACCACCACCACCAGCAGCAGCAGAAGCAACAUCACCAUCACUUCGAUUUUAUAUUGAAUUGUGAGAUCGUUGAGUCUGUGCUACACCCGUGUAUUGAGUUCAAGUGUGUUUUCAAUAAGAAUUUAAACGUUUAAAGAGCAACAUCAGCGUCAUUAUUGCUGCUUCAUCAUUACUUGUUCAAGAUUCUCAAUUUUUUUACCUCAUUUUAGUUUUAACGGAUAUAAUGUACUCUGCGUCUUGUUUAGUUCUUCCCUUUGCGCGUGUUUAACCAAAUCUCUAAACGUGAUUUGUGAUUGUCUUAUAGAUGUGGUCCGACGUUUUACAGCAAGAAGGAAAUAGUUAUUUUUAAAUUUGUUCAAAUAAAUUCAAAAUGAAAAUGCUUCCGGUACAAUUAUCGUUGAAUCCGCCAUUGGGUCUUUGGAGUGAUAUGUUAUGGCGUUGUCCACCAGCACCGCCUAGUCAAUUGGCCGAGCUAAAGACCCAAUUGCCGCCGUCUCUACCCUCAGAUCCCCGCCUGUGGAGUCGUGAAGAUGUGGCGGUAUUUUUGCAUUUCUGUGAGCGUGAAUUUGACCUGCCAAAAGUUGAUUAUGAUCUCUUUCAAAUGAAUGGCAAAGCCCUAUGCCUGCUCACACGUGCCGAUUUUGGUCAUCGUUGCCCCGGUGCCGGCGAUGUUCUACAUAAUGUACUGCAAAUGUUAGUGAUUGAAUCACAUAUGAUGCAGUGGCAUUUACCCAAUAGCCCUGUGACUCCCACUAGUCGCUAUCCCUUGUCGCCGCACAGUCAUCCACCCACACCCACUUGGCCCCCAAUAGGGCCACCAGAAAGUGCCUUUCAUCAAACCUCUCAUCUAACUCCACAUCAUUUUAUGACACCGAAUUCGGUGACAUUAAGUCCCCCGCCUUCAGUAGAUUCACAAGCCAGUAGCCCGCCUCAAAAUCAACAAGAUCAACAGAAUGGUUCUGCCACACAAUCUGCCAGCAAUAGCAGUAGUAGCAGCAGUAGCAGUUCUAGCAGUACUACCAGUUCUUCUUCUUCAAAUGCAGCCACAGCAGCCGCUGUUGGUUUAUCCACACCCAAUGCUUUUAGUGGUUUAAAGAAUAAUAACAACAACAAUAAUGCCAGUGGCCAACACUCCGAUUCCGAGGAGGAAAGUUAUUCAGAGCCACCCAAUGCUAAUAGCACAAUUGUUAAUUAUUCUAAUUAUCCUAGUGCCUCGGCUAUAGCUCAAUAUAAUAACAGUCCGCCUACAACCCCCAUUCUAAAAGACAUGCCACAAAGUCUUAAGCAACAAAUUAAAAAUACUUUUGUUAAUUCAUGGUCUCAACAACAACAACAGCAGCAACAUCAACAGCAGCAAUUGACUUUGGAACAGAAAUUACCACAGAGUGGUUCGGUGUCAGCACCUACAACACCUAGUUAUGUGCAACCCGUUAAAAGGGAAUUUUUCCCCGAUAAAACUGACAAUCGUUAUAUGCAACCAGUUAAACGUGAAUUCUUUCCGGAAAACACUGAACCCAAUACAAAUGGUCGUUUACUGUGGGAUUUUCUACAACAACUACUAAAUGAUCGCAAUCAAAAGUAUAGCGAUUUAAUAGCCUGGAAAUGUCGUGAUACUGGUGUUUUUAAAAUUGUCGAUCCUGCAGGGCUGGCCAAAUUGUGGGGCAUACAAAAGAAUCACUUAUCCAUGAAUUACGAUAAAAUGUCACGUGCUUUACGUUAUUAUUAUAGAGUGAAUAUUUUACGUAAGGUACAGGGCGAACGUCACUGUUAUCAAUUUUUGCGUAAUCCUACAGAAUUGAAAAAUAUCAAGAAUAUUUCCUUACUAAGACAAUCGGUCAAUCAGAAUCAGGGCAAUAAUGCUAAUAAUACAAACAACAACAACAAUAGCAAUAAUCUUGCUGGCAAUCAAAGCUCGUCAUCUGGUGGUCUACAAACAACAUCACCGUCUACAAAUGGUACAAAUUGGGCAAUGCCGGUUCAACAUUCAGCCCAACAGCAGCAACAACAACAGCAACAAACACCCCAACGUCCUACAUCAUCACAGCUCAAUAAUAGUAAUCAUUUAACCUUACCUAAUGGCAUAUCAACGGCUGCGGCUGCUGUAGCCGCUGCUGCAGCUGCUGCCUAUGGUCCACCGCCUUCUUCGCCCUUAUUUAUGCACGCUAUUAACGGUGCCUUCCAUUAUCUGUCUUCCAAUGGUGUACCACCAAAUUCACCUGCAGCUUUACCCACAACACCAAAUGAAAAAUUCCAAUUUAAUGUGGUCAAACCUGAACAAAAUCAACAACAAACAUCGCCACAAAACAAUAACAAUAACGAAGAAAUGAAACCCACAGACUUAAGUGUUACGGGUAGUAAUGGUAAUAGUGAAAAAAGACCCUAUUCCAGUCCCUCAGCUAAUGAUGAUUGUUUUCCAUUGAUACGCAAUGCUGAUGGCUUAACUACCAUUAAACUGAUACGUUAUAAUGAUAAUAAUGAAGCUAAUCAAGCUGCCCUUGCUAAUGACUGCAAUGAUAGUUCAACACAACAAAAAUGCAAUACACCCACACCCAUGGAUAGUGAAUCAAGUGAAAUGGAUUCUAGUCCAUCACACGACAACAUGGGAGCAACCGAUUUAAGAAAGUAAAUUACAAAAACAAUUUCGAAAUUCUCUUUAGGACAAGACAAUCAUAUGUAUAAACACACAUGUAAACAUAAACAAUAAUAUUUUUCAUAAACAAACAAACAAACGAAAACAUGUGGCAACUUUAAUAACUAACAACAUACCAACUCAAUCUUUUGUAUUGUGUAUGUUUUUUAGAUUGUAUUUGUUUUUUUGUAAAGAACAAAUAAAAGUUGCAUAAUUUAGUACCUCAUUAUUAUUAAAACAAAAAGAACAUUUUGUAUAAUCAAAGCUAAAGCUAUUUAACUAUAAAAAUCUUAAAAAUUUUUUCUCUAAUUUAGCUUAAUGGUAAUUUAUUUGUUUUUUUAUAUAUAAAUUACAAAUGGUAUUGUUUUUUUUUCAAAUGAGGUUUUAAAUGUAAACACUUUUUUUACAAAUAUUUAAGUUUGUUAGUUAAUAUAAGAAAUGUGCCAAUUUUUUUAUAAAUUUUAUCAUUUAAAUUCAUUUAAAAAAACCCUCCCCCCCACACACACACUCACAAUAAGUAGUUUAUGAACUUUUUUAACAUCACCGGUAGAAUCAUGGUGUUGUUGGAAAGAUAAAGGAAGAAAAUAUAAAAAUAUAUGUUUAGGAUCUUUUACAUAAAAUUUUAUCAAAGGUUUAUAAACCAAAUUUUUAUACAAAAUUGUUUUUAUAAACUUUUGAUAAAUAUUUAUGUUUAAGCAAGUUAGUUUUUAAGUAAAAACAAACAAUUUUCUUAGCACAGCCAAUUUUAUUUAAUAAUUUUUUAUUACUUUCAACAUUGUUUUUAUUAUUUUUUUAAAUAAACAUUGUUUUCCUUAUAACAAAACUCUUUUUAAAUGGAAAUUCUUAACAAACACUUUACAAUAUUAUUGUUUUUAGUUGUUAAAGAAAGAACAACAAGAGUUUAUUUUAUAAAUAACAAAUAAUACACACACAUACAUAUACACCCACUUACAUAUAAUAACAACUCAUAUUUAUUAGUUUAAAGAAAAAGCUUUUUGUGUUUUAUUUAACAGCUUUAACAAAUUUAAAAUUUUUUUUUUAAAAAUUUAUUUUACCUUAAAAAAAUUAAAUAAUUGCAAACGAAUGUGAUAGCAAAAAUUUAAAUAAAAAUUGAAAAAUUAACCUAAGUGUAUACAAUUAGCUACAGAAACAAAAAUAAUAUUUAAAACUCAAAAAAAAAAAUAUCUUUUAAAAAAAUAUAUUUAAAUAACUUAAAAUUUUUAACAAUUUAUUUCUUCCCUCUUUUUACGUUUUUGGCUUAGAAAA